AAAAAACAGAACUGUGAAACUACUGUGUCUGGAACAGACAGAUAGACAGACUGAUAGACAGACGCACCAGCAGAAUGGCAUCUAUAAGCGACACCAUGGGACCCAACUGCUCCUUCGACGAGGUGGACCGCCUGAUGACAUCACUGGAGCUCGUCAUCUACGUGCCCAUCUUCGUGUUUGGCCUUAUCCUCAACGUCCUCGCCCUGGUUGUCUUCUGCAUCUUCCUCCGCAAGUGGAGCGAGUCCACCAUCUACAUGACCAACCUAGCCCUCAUGGACCUCCUUCUCCUCCUCCUGCUCCCCUUCAAGAUGCACGCCACCAACCACCAAUGGGCGGCCCACCACCGCUUCCUAUGCUCCCUCCUGGAGAGCUUGUACUUCGUGGGGAUGUACGGCAGCAUCUAUACCAUCGCCUGCAUUGCUGUGGACCGCUGGGUGGCCAUAUGCCACCCAUUCCGCGCCAAGCAGCUCCGUUCCCCCCGGGCUGCCUUGGGGACCUGCAUCCUGGUCUGGGUGGUGGUGCUGGGGGGCAUCUCCCCCAUCUAUGGGUUCCGCAAGGAGGAAACGGGGUACUUCCACUGCUUCCACACGUUCUCAAAGGAGGGCUGGCAUCCAAAGGUGAUCGGCUGCCUGUUGAGCUUUGGGUUCGUGGGGCCGGCCCUGGUGCUGGUGGUGUGUUCAGCCCAAAGCAUCCGGACACUGAGGCAGUCGGGCCAGGAGAGCCCUAAAAGCAGAAGCUGCGUGAAGAUCAUUUACAGUAGUCUCUGUGCCUUCCUGGUCCCGUUCACGCCCAGCCACCUGGGCAUCCUGCUGCAGUUCCUGGUGCAUCAAAGCCUGAUCGAGGACUGCUUGGCCAAGACGAGGAUCAGCUUGUACAUUCAGGUGACCAUGAGUCUGGCCAACAUCACAUGCUGUCUGGACGCUCUGUGUUACUACUUCAUCACCACGGAGGUGAGGAGCUCCAAGCAGACCUUCACCUUCAGGAGGUCCAUGAGCCAGAAGAGAGCAACCACCAGCACCUCAGAGCUCUAAUGAGACCCAUGGAGGRAAAAACACUGAGCCAAACUGGUUGAAAUGACGUUUUAACCAUUUUCGCCCACUGGGAAGUUACUGGCUGUAAUCUGACUAAGUUUGUGAGACAUUCUGCCACUGUUGGAGGACAAGGGACGUCGACAAGGAAAAAGGAGUGUUUAUUGUUGAAAACAAGGUAGGUUGAAGGACAACAAGGUACUGUAGGUUGAWUAGGAGAAGUCAGUUUGCUUACAAUAGGCAUUCAUGAGCUCUAUAAGUCAUACAGCACGUGGGCUAAGACAUACAGUCAGGUCCAAAAUGAUUGGAUCCCUUGAUAUAGACGAUCAAAAAAGACUGUAUGAAAUAAAUUAUACAAAUACUGAGCUGUAUUGUAUGCUCAAUAAAAUAAAAAAAAGACAAUUAUAUUAUUUUAUGCUAAUACAAUUGCUCAGAGAAAGAGAUUUUGUUUCACAAGUCAUUUUUUUGAAAUCUCAAAAAGAUAUGGAUCCCCAUUUUUCAAUACUCCAGCACCCUCCCCUUGCAARGAUAAUGACACUGAGCCUUUUUCUAAAAUGUUUUAUGAGAUUGGAGAACACAUUGGGAGGGAUCUUUGACCAUUCCUCUAAACAGAAUCUUUCCAGAAUMUUUCCUUGGUCUGYGCUUAUGGACUACCCUCUUCAAUUCAAACCAUAGGUUUUCAAUGGGGUUCAAGUCCAGAAACUGAGUUGGCCAUUGCAAAAUGUAGAUUUUGUGGUCAGUUAACCAUUUCUUUGUGGACUUUGAUGUGUGCUUGRGUUUAUUGUCUUGCUGGAAGAUCCACUUGCGGCCAAGUUUUAGCCUCCUAGCAGAGGCAACCAGGUUUUUGGCUAAAAUGUCCUGGUAAUUGGGAAAGUUCAUGAUGCCAUUGACCUUAACAAGUGCCCCAGGACCGGUGGAAUCAAAGUAGCCCCAUAACAUCAAAGAUCCACCACCAUAUUUUACAGUCGAGAUGAGGUWUUUUCUGCAUAUGCGUUGUUCCUUCGAAGGCCAAACCGACCAGUGGCGUGCGUGGCCAUAUACUUCUAUUUUCAUGUCAUCUGAUCAUAGUUUGCUAAAUGGCAUUGGCACUUAGAUUGGAACCGGUCAUAUGACAUAUUUUAUUUUAUACAGUCUUUUUUGCUCAGCUUUAUCAAGGGAUCCAAUCAUUUUGGACUCCACUGUAUGUGGGCUAAGACAGCACGCCACUGGUUUCAACUGCCGUCAUACGGGGAAAAAAUCUCCCUUAUCUGUGUAUACAGUAUGCUGAAUGUUACUGUGGAGUUAUAAUUAAACAUAUGUUCAUCAACUAUAUAUUAUGUUCUGUAUUGAAUAUUGUGUAUUAUAAUUGUAUUACAUUAUUAUAUGAUCAUAGUUUUGUUCAUGUCUGUAAUUAAGGUAAAAGUAGUCUAUUUAAAAUACAUAUGUAGUGUACAGGAUGGAUACGAUUAGUAUAUGUGAUUUAGGUGAAUUGUAAUGGAAUUAACCCCAACCCUGCUAAAUUGCAUAAAAAUCCUGCCCAUUAUUGUUUUAGCUGCAUUCAUUUACCCUUUUGUGUAAAUUAAUGACUGCUUUGUUAGACACCAGUCCAAACAGGAGUAAACAUUAUUAAAGCUGUCUAUUCAUAUAACAGCAACCUAUGUUACUGACCGCUAAAAUAUGUUUUGUUCUGUCAUUAGAUGAAAUCAAAUGUAAAAAGUAAACAGUGUUGUUUGAUCUGUUUUCUAAAAACAGUUGUUCAAAACAGUCCUUAUCAGUACGUUACAUGUACCUUUAACUGGUGUUUUGAAAGUGAUAGGAGGAUGAACAGAAAUGUAGACUGCUGUCUGGCUGAACUCUCAGGAUCUUGAUUUAGUCUGGCUUUGAAGGAAAGUCAGUUUAAACCCUCAUGGUGAAAAAAGAGAACGCAAAUGGAACACAGUGAUAAACACUUCCGAAUAAACCCCUGAUCCAUUUCC